AUUUAAAAUUUUUUUUUAAUAAUAUUGACAGUGGCACUCAUAAUUUUUAUUUAGAUAGUGGCACUCUUAAUAAUUGUUGAUAUGAUACAGAAGUUCCUAGAAAGUUUGGUCACCCAACUUUACCAACUGUUAUUAAAACUGUUUUAAUUUUCGGUUUCUUUUUAAUCUUUAGAAGGGCUCUUUUAAUUAAAAAAGUAGCAGUUGCUUUCGAUUUAAAUCAAUUCUUUUACAACCUCACCAAUAGCCAUUGGGUCACGAAUGAGCGGUCAAACAUUCGAUAGAACAAUUGACUCGGAGGAGGAAGGAUUGUGUACAUAGGGGUGCAUCCAAGAUACUGAAUCAGGAUUAAGCGCCCUAUGCAACUGAAACAAAAUUCGAUCGAACGACUGGUUACUUCUCGAUCGGUUCGAAAAAAUGCGUGUUUCUUAAUUCAACUGAAACGUUACGAACGUUUUUUAUCACGUGACCAGCACGAUAGCUUGACUUCGAAGGUUGAGGUUCGAUAGAACUUCUCUGACCAAUCACAGGCCAGAAUUGUAUCGUGGUGUUUGUUGACGAUUACAAUGGCGGAUUUUUUACUUCUUUUACGAAACGAAAAAAUAAAAAAUAAAAUCCCGAGAUAUUUACGGGAUUAUAUGAAUCCUCUUGAUCUUUCAGAAGAGCAAUUUAUAAGCCGCUAUCGCUUGACUCGAGAAUCUUAUUUAUAUGUGUGUGACUUGUUAGAGAGCAAAAUAAAGCUAAAGACAUCAGGCCAUACCGUUGAACAACAGGUAUUAAUGACUCUCAGUCUACUUGCUUCAGGAUCAUUCCAAGGCGUGACUGCUGACAGCAAAUUUUCAGAGAUGUCGCAGUCAUCAGUGUCAAGAAGCUUGGGUAGAGUGACGAAAGCUCUAGUGGAUAUACUUCCAAUGUUUAUAAAAUUUCCCUCUACUGACCAAGAGAAGCGGAACACAAGAAUGAAAUUUUUUGAAGCUAGUGGCUUUCCAAGACUAUUGGGAAUAAUUGAUGGGACACAUAUACCGAUUCAAAGACCGCCAUCAGAUGACUGGUUUAUGUACAUAAAUCGAAAAAGCAUUUUUUCGAUUAAUGUUCAAUUAGUAUGUGAUAAAGAUCUGAAAAUUUCAAAUGUGGUGGCACGGUGGCCAGGUAGUGUUCACGAUGCAUACAUUUGGGCUGCCUGUGAAUUGAGGAGAGUAUUAACAUCAGGCACAGAUUAUUUAAUUGGAGAUGCCGGAUAUCCAUUAGAGCCUUGGUUGUUAAAACCCUAUGAUACUCCCACAACUGCAAUUGAAGAAAAUUUCAAUAAAAAACUAAGAUCCCUCCGGAGUUCUGUCGAGAGGUGUAAUGGAGUAUUAAAAUCAAGAUUUAGGUGUCUUCAUAAAUCAGGUGGCAACUUAUUAUAUAGUCCAUCUAAAUCAUGCCAGAUAAUCAUGGCUUGUUGUGUGUUACACAACAUUUGCAUUGAAAGAAAUAUUCCUUUGUUGGAGUAUAUAGAAGAUGACAAUGAUGAUGACGAACCAGAUGAUUUGCCAACAAAUACUAGUGUGUAUGCUAGAGGGUGUUUGGCACGUAGUUCAAUAGCUCAAAAUCUAAGCGAAAGAUAAAGAAUUUUAUGACUCUUGUUUGCUAAUAGUGUUAUUACUUACAAAUAUGGUAUAAUAAUUGUUUGAUGUAGUACAUUUUUCUGAAUCUUUUGUUUAAUAUAAAAUUUGUAAUGU